AUGUCCAUCAUGCCAUGUGACUGGCCUACCACAAUCGGAGAAUGCUCAAGACUCCUAAGCAACAGGUCAGCAGACAAUGAUGACUUCAAGAACAAAUACAAUAAAAAACUUGCAUCAGGCAGGCAGCGUGCAGCUCUUCACUCGCGGGGAUUAUCCAUGGAAGAAAUAGACAAACUUACCAAAAGCCAGGCCAGCAAGCUCAUGGACAGUCAUGCAGCAGGAGAACAGGCCACUGCAGAACAGCUUGCUCAGUUGCAAAGGCUCAAUGUACAGCUGCCGCAGGAACCACUAUUCAAGAGGGAUGCGUCGGCACUCAUUUCACAAAACUCCGUCAAAGCACAGGCUGCAACGCCAUCACAAAGGAACCUACUCAAGAAACUGAUACGAGUCAACGAAUCGCAGACGAGCAGCUGGACGUCAUGAGGCUGGCGCAUGCCUCAACACUCAUCGCUGCGCUCACAUCGAAGCGCAACAACGGUGGCAACAAGACAAAUGGCAAAAUUAACCACUACGAUGACAACCUACAAGACAAAGGUGGUGGACCAUGGUGCUGGUGGUGCUUGUGCAGCGGCAAAUGCGUCACAAACAGCGUAGGGAUUUAACAGUUGAGACAGACGUACAUGUGCAAUCAUGCUGGGCCAAAAAAUAGCUAUGUAUUCCUGCCGGUGUAGAGUGCUCGUUGGUUGAUGAUUGAGUGAGCGGCUGCUGCCGUAUGCAUGAAUGUCUUGCGACAACAGUUGCAUGAAUGCAAUCCUAUAUGCAGCAUUCGGAAGCUUCGUUGAAUGGUUCGGGACUCUGUGAUGAUUACUU